AAGACAAGACAACAACCUGAUCAACCUACAGCACCAUGAAAACCACCUGCAUGUGCCUGGCUCUCGCACUGGUCAUAAUGAUGGCCGUUACCUCUGAGGCUUUCAUUUAUAGCCUUGAAACAACUCCAAAGGGCUGUUGCUUUAAGUUCCUUGAUGCAAGCAUCAAUAUUCCAAAGAGUGACAUUAUUUCUGCUGAGAAAACUGAUCCUAAGUGCCCUAAACCAGCAAUUGUUGUGACAGUUCCAGGCAGAGACUUCUGCGUGAGCCCCACCUCCAGGCUUGGCAAAAGACUUGCUGCCAAAGUGAAUAAAAACUGACUGACAUAAUAUGCUCUUAUUCUUAAGAGACAUUUAGACUUGCACUGAAAUCAGAAGGAAGAACAUCUUUUGCUUGUUUGUUUUUCUGUUUAUGCUGUUUUCUUUAUUGUCUGUGUUUUUGCUUGUUUUAU